AUGAAUGGAAUCAAAAUCCAAGGAAUGGACGACCCUACUAAAGUCGUCAGGGUGCUCGCCUCACACGGGAAGACGGGGGAGCAGCAGGAAAUCGCAUACACAAGCUGCCGCAUGAUCGGAAACGGCAGUUUUGGCGUCGUGUUCCAGGCGCGCCUCGUGCACUACCGCCCAGACGGUACUGAGGUGCCUUCCUCUGACAUCCCAGAAGGCCAGGACAAUGUAGCCAUCAAGAAGGUGCUUCAAGACAAGCGAUUCAAGAACCGCGAGCUUCAAAUUAUGCGUGUGCUGUCUCAUCCGAAUGUCGUGGAUCUGCGUGCCUUCUUUUACACCAGCGGCGAAAAGAAAGAUGAAGUGUAUCUUAACUUGGUGCUGGAAUACGUACCAGAGACUGUAUAUCGUGCUACGCGUCAUUAUACCAAGGUGAAGCAGACCAUGCCAAUGCUUCUUGUGAAACUCUACAUGUAUCAAAUCAUGCGGAGUUUGGCAUACAUUCACUCUUUGGGUAUUUGCCAUCGGGAUAUCAAGCCACAAAAUCUCCUGCUCGAUCCGCGCACCGGUGUCCUCAAACUUUGCGACUUUGGGUCUGCCAAAGUGCUUGUACCUGGUGAGCCUAAUGUCAGCUACAUUUGCUCGCGGUACUAUCGUGCGCCUGAACUUAUUUUUGGUGCGACGAACUACACGACUAAUAUCGACAUUUGGUCGACGGGUUGUGUAAUGGCUGAGCUUAUGCAAGGCCUACCGCUCUUUCCUGGCGAGAGCGGUAUCGAUCAGCUGGUGGAAAUCAUCAAAGUGCUCGGCACACCAUCACGCGAGCAAAUCCGGACCAUGAAUCCCAACUAUAUGGAGCACAAGUUCCCUCAGAUCCGGCCACAUCCGUUCCCGAAGAUCUUCCGGCCGCACACACCAGCGGACGCCAUUGACCUCAUCACACAACUCUUGCAAUACACACCUCAAGCUCGGUUGACAGCCGUAGAGGCACUCUGCCAUCCUUUCUUUGAUGAACUACGGGAAGAAGACGUCAUCUUGUCUAAUGGCCGUCCCAUGCCCGACCUAUUCAACUUUACACGCGAAGAGCUAUCUGUGCGUCCUGAUCUGAUCAAGCGACUCGUUCCUUCGCGUGUCGAAGAAUCUCUGCGCCAGCAGGGCAUUGAUGUGAACCAUUUCGACCCGAUACCUCUGGAGUCGCUCCGUGUCAAACUAGAUUAA